ACAGUGUACAGGACAGCAUAGUAGCCCAGAGCAGUGCUGGUAGGAAUGGAUCAGGGGUUAGGAAGUUAGGUGGUAAGGCUGAGAGUGGCAGUCAUGGGGAGGCUAAGGACAGGUUCAAGGGUACAGAUAAAGAAGGCAAAAAUGAGACAGUAGCAGAGAGUGACUUAGGAUUGCAAGUAGAGGAUGAUUUAACCAGUGAUGUAGUGAAUAACUCAGAGGAGAAUUUCAUGACUAGAGAAAAAGAUAGUGAAGGAACUGACCAGUCUAAUCUUUGUGAGAGUAUUCUUUCAACUGAUAAAAGUUCUGCAGAUAAAAUUCAUAUAGACAGACGUGCUCAGAGUAACUCUUGCAAUGAUAUCCCCAGCGAUAGAACUGAGCAGCAGAGUGAGGUAAGUACAGACCCAACCCAAGUUUACAGCAUUUAUAGGGAGGAUGAUAUUGAUACUCUCUUAGAUGAUGAUGAUAAUGAUAAUAAUAACAAUAAUAAUAAUGAUGAUAAUAAUAAUAAAAAGAAGGAUCACAAAACCACAGGUGAUACAAGUAGUCAUAGUGGUAAUGUAGACAAAACUAACCCCAUACAUGAGGAUAGAGGUGGUGACAGUAGACAGGUUGACGUAGAUCUAGGUGAAGGCAACACUGAAACUCACCGUACCAUCAGGAGCGUUAGAGAAGAGGGCGUCACUAGCUUUGAGGUUCUCCCGGAUGAUGACAGGAUGACCACUGAUGAGGAACUAGAGGCAGGGAAGUAUGUAGGUCAAGCUAGUGAGAAUGUUGGGGAUAACGCUUUUGCUGGGAGGUCAAAUGUUGAGGCAGGUGUUGGUAAUGAAGUUGACAGCACAAUUUCCUUUGAGGCAGAAAAUGGGGAAAUAUACAUUGAGGUUCACGAUGCCAGUAAUGCAGAUAAGACUCAAAAUGUUUAUGAGAUGUACGAGGAUGUUAACGUUCCACUGACUGAUGAAUAUUUACGUGAGAAGAGACCUAAUGUACCAAAUUUCAAUCACAAGACUUUGGAUGGGAAAUUAAAUAUCGCCCCAAAUGCUGUAAACCAGAUGGAGGACGAGAAUGACGAUGUGCGAAAUCUUGUUGAUGAAACCACUAUUUAUAUCAGUGACCAAAACACAGUUGUUGAGGACUUUGAGGACGAAGGAGUCAAUAGUCAGCAGGAGUUUGCCGACACUUCCGAUGAAUAUUUUUAUGACCCAAGAAUUUUCAUAGAGGACACGGACGAUGAUGACGGGCCAGACAUGGACGAGAAUGUUAUUGAAGAUGCUGAUGAAGAAGACGGUCUUGAAAUGAGUAAUGGCUAUGUUAUUGAAGUCACCGAAGACGAGGAUUCAAUUGAGGACGUUGAUGAAGAUAUCGCUCAUGGGUUAAACGAGGAAAACGCGAUUGAUGACACAGACAACGACAUUGUUUAUGGCACUGAUGAUGAAAUGGUGAUUGAAGACACAGAUAAUGAAUUCCUGAUGGAUGGUCCUGACGGUGAAUACAUUGAAGAUACUGAUGAGGAAACUUUGGUACACUUAGACGUACCGAAUGUUAUCGAAAGUGCUGAUGAUACGUAUGGUGAACGCAUGGAUGACUCGAGCGUCAAUGUUAUUUAUGAGACUGAUGAAGAGGACAGUGAAGGAGACCUGGUUAAUGAAGGUGAUAAUGUUAAGACUGAGAGGAAGAACACUCUUGAUGUGGAUAAUUCUGAGAGUGUGCCGAGUAGAAAUGAGGAACCAUUGUUGCAUGCAGAACUUACCGACGACAAAAAGAAACCUGGACAUCAAAAUACUGUGCCUGAAAGUAAUAAUUUGCAAACUGAUACGACAAAACCACUCCAGUAUGACAGAAAGAAGGACCAAGAAGCUGAUGAUGAGGGCGACGAAAGUGAUCACGCAAAAGAUCAAGGAAAACCAACCGACUGCAAAACGCAAUGCAGUAGCGCUGAUGGAAGUUUCAAGUCCUCUGAUCGUAAGACUGAAGGAGAUGGACUCGUGAGGGACGGCAUGAAGAUUCUUAGCCAUGGCAGUCGUGAUGAUAGUCCAGGCGCGUUGGGUAGUCCAGACGGUAGUGGCUUUGUGAGUGACGGUACUGAAGAGGAAGAUAAAGUAGUGAGAAGUAGUGCUAGCAAGGUUAGUGAUGAGGCAGAAGUAGCUGGAGGUAGUGUAGAUGAUGGUAGAGUUAGAGGUAGUCACACUAACAAAAUUUUGAAUGUCCAUGACCAUAUCAGUAACAGUGUUCCUGAAAUUGAUCCAGAGUUGCCGGCGGACCAAGAAGACACAAAAUCAGUAAGCCCCGAAGAGAGACCUCCGGAAGAUUCUCAAACUGAGGACCAAAGUGAGGAGGAGGAGGAAGUGGAGGAGACGAGGUUUGUAGAAGUGACAUUAAAUUUAGAGGAAAAUGAACCCAGUGCUGGAGUUAGUGAAGACGACGCUGGUGAGGACAACGAUGAGUGGGUCUUCGUCAAGUUUAUUCUGGACAAGAUCAGAGCAAUUAUCUGGAACAUCACUGUGUUUUGCUUCGUGUGCUACGCCGGCAUGUACUUAUUCUGAGGCCAGACUUGCGGAAAAGAGAAAAGACAGUAAAUAACCACCACCGCAUAUCAAAAUAAAAAUAAUCAAGCAAUGUAGACGAGUUAUAAAAGCUGUGAUAGUGACAAUGGGCCAGUUUGACAGUGCAAUUCAGCAUCAUCGUAAGCGCCCAAACCAAACUGUAUUCUCCACCUUGACCCGUUAUUUCUACUCCAUACCAAAGGGUCGUAUUAUAAGACAUUUCGUUGCCCAAGACUUACGGAAAAAAAAACAGUAAUAACCACCACCGCAUAUCAAAAUAAAAAUAAUCAAGCACUGUGGACGAGUUAUAAAAGCUGUGAUAGUGACAAAGGGCCAGUUUAACAGUCCAGCACGGCAUCAUCGUAAGCGCCCAAACCAAACUGUAUUGUCCAUCAUGAUCCGUUAUUUCUACUCCGUACCAGAUACUAAAAAAAAAAAUAGAUUCCCAGUGUUGUUUCCUAAAAUUUCCUCCUUUUUAUAUCAACGGCAAACACUAUCUACGAGGAAUUUUUGUUGUAUUUCGUGUUUGGUCGGGAGCUUAUGAACUUACUGUACUGGAUUGUAAAACUGGCCCAAUAACAAAUAUGCAAAAUCUGAAGAACAACGACAAGAACAAACGAAGGAAGAACUGAAGUAUUUCCCAAACCAAAUAUGUGUUUCAUGUACUACGCAAAACUAUCAUUAUGUCAAGUGCUAACCUGCGGCAACUGUAAACUGUUUAACUGGAUUUUUCAUUAGUCUGCCAGGAGGUACUAUAUGGACACAGUCGCUGGAUUUUUUAAGCAUAUUAGUAUUUAUUGACAGCUGUGUGGCUAGUUUUGCUUUUUAUUUCUAUUUUUUGGGAGAGGAUACAUCAGAAGGGUUGGAUUUUCAGAGUUAAGUCGACAUAUAACAAAAUCGUAAGAAGUUAUAUAAAAAAAAUUAAAACCAACUAACUUUGCUCUAUUUCUGGGACGGCAUGAGUAAGAAGUUCUAGAUUUUCAGUUAAGUCGACACUUUACAAUUAGUCGUAGAAAGUUAUAUAAAAAAUUCAAUAAAACCAAUUAACUGUGCCUCUACUUUCGGGGACAGCAUCAGUCAGAAGGGUUGGAUUUUCAAAUUUAAGUCGACAUAUUACAAAGUCGAAGAAAGUUAUAUAAAAAAUUCAAUAAAACCAGCUAAGUGUGCCUCUAUUUUGGGGACGGCAUUAGUCAGAAGGGUUGGAUUUUCAGAGUUAAGUUGACACAUUACAAACAGUCAUAGAAAGUUAUAUAAGAAAUUCAACAAAACUAACAAACUGUGCCUUGAAAAACAGGUAAAAAAUUUAUUACUGUUGAUAAAGACUAAUACAUCAGACGUUUAUAGUCAAAAGUGUUAGAUUUUCAGAGUUAAGUUAACACAUUACAAUCAGUCAUAGAGAGUUAUAUAAAAAAACAACAAACCCAACCACCAUACCUUGAAAAACAGGUAAAAAAUCAACAAAAUCAGCCACAUUACUGUUGAUGAAGACUUAUACAUCAGACGUUUAUAGUCAGAAGUGUUAGAUUUUCAUUCAGCCGACACAUUAUAAAAAGCCAACAAAACCAGCUGAUUAUGCCUUGAAAAACAGGUAAAAACGAACAAAAUCAGCCACAUUUCUGUUGAUGAAGACUAGUGUGACAUUAAGAAAAUCAGGUGAAUGAAACUAGUCCAGAAUAAGUCGUCAUUUUCUCAACUCAUCGAAGCUUGUCAUCAGAACUGUCAGGCACUCUCGCUAACCCGGCCAGAGUGUUGGUGUUGUGUCUCGGAGCAGUGUGUUACAGAGUGUUGCUUCAGCUGUGUUCAGACCUAGACGAGCAAGCCAUUGUGAUGUGUUAUAGUUGUGUUAGCGGUGAAUAUAUUAUGUACUACUCUGUUCAUGUUAGCGUUGGGAGUAAGCCCCGCCCACCCCAACCCAGUGCCACCAGGAAGAGCUGAUUUUUUACUUCUUUUCUUUUUCUUCUUCUUUUUCUUCUUUUGGUUCUACUUCUACUUCUAAUCCUGCAUCUUCUUUUAAUUUUUCUUUUUUUUUGCAUUUUCUUUUUUUAAUUCUUUUUUGUUGUUCUUUUCUUCUUCCAAUUCUUUUUCUUCUUUGCUUCUUUUUCUUCCUUUUUCUUCUUUUGGUUCUAAUUCUACUUUUAAUUUUACAUCUUCUUUACCUCUUUUCUUCUUUUAAUUCUUCUUUUUUUCCCAUUUUCUUCUUUUAAUUCUUCUCUUUUUGUUCUUCUUCUAAUUCUUCUUCUUCUCUGCUUCUUUUUCUCCCCUUUUCUUAAUUUUUUCUUCUACAUAAUUCUUCUUUUUUUUCUUUGUAAACUUAAAUGGGAAAGGAGGACAGGUUGCUUUACUUCCAGCCAGAGUUGAGAAUGGGGUGGCUGGCUUACUUGUGGACUGGCCAAUGGUGUAAACUUAAUAGGAAAGGAGGAAAUAUGGAUGUGUUUUUAAAGCAAUUAAGAACCAACUUCUCCCACCAUCCACCAACCACAUGCAGUAAGAGUUGAGGAUGGGGUGGGUUUCUUGUGGAGUGGCCAGUGGUGUAAACUUAAUAGGAAAGGAGGAAAUAUGGGUGUAUUUUUAAAGUAAUGUGAGCACCCCAUUAAGAGCCAACUUUUCCCACCUAAGAGUAGAGGAUGGGGUGGGUUUCUUGUGGAGUGGCCAGUGGUGUAAACUUAAUAGGAAAGGAGGAAAUAUGGGUGUAUUUUUAAAGUAAUGUGAGCACCCCAUUAAGAAUCAACUUUUCCCACCUAAGAGUAGAGGAUGGGGUGGCUUUCUUGUGGAGUGGCCAGUGGUGUGGACUUAAUGGAGAAGGAGGAAAGGUUGUAUGUCAUUUUCCAAGCUAAUGUGAACAGAGUCUAGGCGUGUGGCUGUGGCUGUCAGUAAGAGGCGUUGCUGUAGGGGUAACAUAGUGCUUGGAAUUGGAAAAAAAAAGAGAGUACAAAUGUCUGCAAGUCAAUAUGGAAUUAUAUCAAUAUUUUCUAUGAAGUAUUUUCACUUCCUUCAGCUCAAUAUCCUACAGUACGGUAGUUCCAUAAAACCUUUGCAUACAUUACUUUUGUUAAUUAAGGGAGAGAUAUACGCUGUUAAACUGUUUUUUUCGAUAACCUAUAAUGCUAUGAGAAACUAGGCCGUGAGGAACAAAUACAACACAGAUCUAAAAGUCUUACAGUAUUAAACCUUACAUCCCU